CAAAUCUUUUGUUAUUUUCAGAUGGCUAUAACAUACAGUUGUAUAACAAGGGGUACAACAAUCUUAUGCAGCCAUCAGACAGGAUCAGGGUCAUUUGAGAAUGUGGUGCAGUCAAUUCUGUCAAAUAUUCCCACGAGGAAUGACGGAAAAACUACCUACCAGUCAGAAAGAUUAAGAGGAAGUUCCAGAGUGGUACCCUGUCUAUGAGAGCUGUGAGUGCUGGUCACCAUGAACUUGACAGUGAUUUUGGAUUUAUUAUGGCUCAGGAUAUGGAGAAAUUUUCUAAGCCUGGUGCUGGAGAUCACGUUAGUGCUUUACGAUCUCAGGUGGAUGAUGUCAAGAAUGUGAUGACACAAAACAUUGAAAGGGUGUUAGACCGGGGAGAGAGACUGGAGAACCUAAUAGACAAAACAGAGGAGCUAGAGGCCAGUUCCUCACAGUUUCAGAAGACUGCUAAAAAAAUUCGUAAGAAGUACUGGUGGAAGAACACAAAGAUGAUGAUCAUCAUCGGUGUAGUGGUGUUUGUCAUCUUAAUAGUCAUCGUUAUCCUCAUCCUUAACGGAACAGGUGUCUUCAAAGGGGAUUCCAAGACCACAACAGUGGCUCCCUCUACUGUUAAAAGUAUCACAUAAUGUCAUUAAUGUGCUUUUAUAUAUGUACAAAAACAAGACUGAAGGAGUUUUUUGUGGUGCUAAAUAGUGGACUGAAUCAAAAUGCUCAUGAUUUUAAUGAAAUUUUUAUGUCAGUGUAAUAUUUUGUUUCAAUGGUUUAAGUCAACACACAAUGGAUUUAUUUUCCUUUUUUUCCUUUUUAUGCAAUUGAAAAAUCAAAGGUUAUGUCAACUUAACAUAUCUGAAGAAUACCUGUCCAUCUAAAUCAGUUUAUUUUUGCUGGCUAAAAAGGUUUUAUUUUAUCAGAUAACCUUUAUGAAUGAGAAUACUUUAGGAGUUUGUAAGAUUAUUGUAUCUUGAUAAACCCCUUAUUUCAUAUACAUGUAAGUCAUAAAUAGGGUUUGUUUUGGUUUUUUUGUUUGUUUGCGUAAUUGUUCUAUGUUCCUUCAAGAAUUCUACUCACAUAUUUAGAUACCACCUUCCUGUCAGUGGAUGGUUGCAUAUUUAGUUCGUACAUGGCAUUUUACAGUCUUUGAUCAGUGAGGGAUCUUUAUAGUGCUGAUAACUACUGUGACAAAAAACCUCUUUCUAAACUUUUUUAUCCAAAGGACCAGUCCCCAUGUCACACAGUGUAUUUGAACCUGUGAUGUAAGGAUCAACUCCUUGCUUCACUGUCUUAGAGUAAAUGUUCUAACUGCUGUUCCAAGAGGUUGAAACUUUUUAAUUGUCAAAUCUGGUAACAUUAUUCUAGUAGGUCAGGGUUAAAGUUAUGUCAAAAAAUAAGUAUUUAAAAAAAUCCUUUAUGUACAUGUAUUUAUUUUUUUGGUAUUUAUUUCCAGUAUUCAAAUUAUCUCUUUUUAAGUCAUAGUACAAUGUACUAUCUAUGCUGUAUAAAUAAAAAUCACAAAUAUCAGUAUUGGAUUUAGUUUGAAAUAUACAUUUGAGAGUAUUGCUUUAUGAUAUGAUAACUAGCUGUAAGUAGUUUUCAUAAUUUGGGGGGGGGGGGGGAUGGGGAUGUUUGCACAGGGGCAUAAAAUAGUCUCGUGGUCUGUGACACCCCCCUUGAUUUUAGAGUCAUGUUGUAUACAGUGUAUUAUGAACACAACAUUCGUUCCACCCCUCAAGCUUUAUGCAUUGUUUCACUUUUUUUGUUGGCAGACAUGUAUGACACAUACUCAAAAUGUUUAUGUAUAUAUGAUAUAUGUACAUGAUCCUGAUUUUAGCAUAUAUCUGCAUGGAGCUAUUCCUGUUUUUGAAUGUGCUUGAGCCAAGGUCAAGGGUUUUAAAUUGGCUUCAUUUUUCAUUAAUCAAAUGAAAUAAGAAAAAUACAUAACAAAGCUGUAGGAAAUGCCUGGUGAUAUUUGUACAUUGUAUUAUAUUGCAUACAUUUUUAAUUAUUGAGAUAUGAUUUUAUGGUCCAGAAGCUUUUUAUUUCAAUAAAUGUUGAUCAAUUUC